AGGGUAGGGACGUCCCAAGGGUACUGGAUAGCACUGACCACAUUUUCAUCUCAGCUGUUAAUCAGUCACAGAUGGAUGAAGUAAUCAGUGACCACAGACCCAGAGAGAGAGGGGAAAAUUACACCACAACGACCAAUAAUGUUUAUCAAUGGUAUAAUAUAGGGGCUAAAACUGAUUGUGUGCCAUAUUGGUAACAUAUUAUUGAAACUAGAACGCUUGAUAUUUAGAAUCGGAACACUUUCCCCUUUUAUCCACAACGGGGCGACAAUCGCCAUUGCAUUUCUGUGAUGCUCUGAAUUGAACUCGAUCGCCCCUGCGUGGUGAAAAGUAGCACUAGUACUGACAAUCUGUUGCUGGUUUUCUGCUUCCGCCUUCUCAUCCGCAAAUUAGAGAGGCACCAACAAUGUCCAGCUACUCCAGAGUAAUUCAUCAUGCCACCAGUAUAUUAUGCAGCAACAAGGGUUCCCUGGCCCUCCAGCAAUUGCACAGGAAAGUAUUCCAGCGUGUUGAAAUAACGGAGGACGACUUUUGGUACAUCGUGAAGAAGUGUUCUCGGUUUGUUGCGGUGCGGAACCGAGAGAGGACGGACGAAUGGGGAACUGACUGUGUGAUUGUCGCCAAAACGUCGCUGCGACUGUGUAAAAAUUACACAAAACAAGAUUGCAGAGAUUGCCAGGAGCUUCACCUUUGCAAAUAUUUUGUUUAUGGAAACUGUAGAUUUGGGAAAGGCAGGAAGCAGUGUAAGUUCUCCCAUGACGUGCGUUCAGAGCAUAACUACACGCUCCUGAGGGAGUGCACUCUGCAUGAGCUGCACGAGGAUGACCUGUUCCUGUUACUGCUGCAGAAUGAUCCCACCCUGCUGCCGGAGGUGUGCUCUCACUACAACAAGGGCUCCGGGCCCCACGGCGCAUGUACCUUCAGGGACAGCUGCACCAAGGUGCACAUGUGCAUGCACUUUGUGCAUGACGACUGCAUGUUCGGGCCCAAGUGCAAGAGGCAGCAUGUCAUCGACCAGCAUGGCCGCCGCAUGCUGGAGGAGAGGGGCCUUAGCGGUGACAUCAUCAACGACCUUCCCUUCGUCUACCAGAACCUCCACCGCCUCAACACACCCACUACACCCUACACUGCUAAAGAGCGUGAGCUGGUCUCCAGUCCUGUGGUCAAGAAAGAGGACAGGAAGGAGAUUUGUCUGCAUUUCAUACGCAAGAACUGUAGAUUCCAGGACCAGUGUAUCCGUGUGCAUUUUAACUUGCCCUAUAAGUGGGAGGUGUUUGAUGGGAACGGCUGGAUACGCCUGCAUCACACUGAGGACAUCGAGAGAGCCUUCUGUGACCCCCGGAACACACACAGUCCGGGCUCUCGCCCAGUAGACUUCCUAACGAUGACACAGGAGUCAGACCCCGUGCGGCGCCUGUCCACGGUUUCCUCGGUAACAAAGCCGGCUCACUACAUCCUGACCACUGAGUGGCUGUGGUACUACAAGGGCGACCACGAGAACUGGAUUGAGUUUGGAAGACCCGACGAUAAACAGCGUACGACAUCCCUCUCGUCCCGGGAGCUGGAAGAAGCGUACCUGGCAGACAGAUCGGCUGAGGUCACCAUUAUGAAAGGUCACCGCAACUACUACCUCAGUUUUCAAGACAUGUACCAGCGGAACCCCAAACACAACACCAAGAGGAGGGUGCGUCGCCGACCACGCUUCAUCUCCAUCAUGGAAGUGGAGAACAAGACUGCACCGUAGAGAGAGAGAGAAAAUAAAGAGGAGGAAUAAAUGGGCAGAUCUGUUCCUCUCUGAAUGAAUGGAGUACAUUUUACUCUGGAUCUGGUGAGUGGGGAUAAAUUGGACUGGCCGACAGUCACCCCAAUACAACACAGUAUGUAAAUCACUCAAUACCACAGGGACGACUACCAGGUACAGCCAGGAAGAGCCAGCGAUGGGAUGUCCGUGUGUUGAUCAUUUCAAAUAAUGUUAGUGAUAUAAUAUGCAUUUUGUUUGCAAUCAUUUUUUGGGGGGUUCAUUGGGAAACCUGGUGCCCUCAACUGAAGUCUGUUUUUACGUUUCCUGUAAGCAAGUAAUCAAUAUCUAGGUACAACUCAUCUUUUAUGUACAAACUGUCUGACUGUAGACAAAUGAGGAAGUUUUUUUUCUGUGUAUAUUUUAACAUUUAGAAUAUCAAUCAAGUUAUGAGUUAAUCGCGUUCUGUAGUAUAUAACUCUAUUUCCUAGCAUGCAUCUCUAUAUUUGUGUGAAGAUGUGAUAAUAAACUAUAGACUGGUCUGCCAUGUUUAUUUGUGGAAUA